GCCACACAAUGUGUGUCUAUGUGCACGUACAUAUAUACGCUUGCGUGCGUGCGUGUGUGCGCGUUUGUGUGUACACGUGCGUGCGUGUAGGUGCACACAUGCAUGCAUAGACAACUGCGCACACACAAAACAAAUACAUCUAUCUACAUCUAUGAUAUGUCAGUGUUUUAAGGCUCCUGCAAAGUUAUUAUCGAUUUGGGGGCCCAAUAUGUGCCGGAUGGAAAAUAUGAGUUCAAAAAAUUAAAACAGAAGAAAAUGUGAAAUCAAAGGGAGAGAAAUGCGAGCGAUUGCACGGAUAGCAAAGCUCUCGUUUCAUUUAUGUUUUCAUAACGGGCUUCCACACGAAGGAUGAUACGACUCUAAUUGUAAUCCCAGAUGUCACAUGUGCUGCUGCGUAAUCUGAAAAAUGCCGACAUCUACAUGCCGGACACGUCGAGGCAUGUCGCAGGCGCAGUCGCAGUCGCGAGCCUCUCCAGUCUGCGAAGGCGUGCGCAUAACAAGACUUCGGAAAAGGUCACGGGCCCGGUUCUCUUCAAAUUGGACGCGCACCCCUCCUCGAUCGUGUGGAUUACCAGAAAUGUCUCGGUAGACAUCUGAGUCGGACUUGUGUGAGUAACGUUUAUGAACGAGCAGUUUUUUUUUUUGUUUUUUUUUUUUUUUUGUCCCAAUCCACCAACGCUGUGAAAUAAUCCCCUUCUGGCAAUUUUUUUUUUUUGCCCCUGUUUCUGGACUGGAGCAGGAGAUAAUCUGGGAUUAGCGCGAUCUGUCGGUUUUGGUGUUCCGCUCAUUGAUUUUGGUGGGCCAGACGUGUUGAACAGAGCAAGUUCAGAAGUUGACCGCUCCGCCGCGCCGCGCUCAGCUCGUAAACCGUUCAUCGGAAAACAUCCGAGAAGAGUGCGGCAAAGUUUUGGGCUCCGAUUAGAUUUUGUUCGAGCGCUUCCGUAAUCAGCGCACGAGUGUAUUGAAUUUGUAGGCGCAAUCUUGGCUCAAUCCAGGACAUCCUGUGGCACUGUGCGCUCUCGGGGGCUCGACGGCACCCCGAACGUCGGUUCAAUCGCUGAUUGGCGAUGAUGAUGGUUUGACAUUGGUGCAAACGUUGAGCCGCCGCCGCCGCCGCACAAAAACCCUCGAAAAGCGAACACUUGUGUGGUCUCUUCCGACCGAAUGAUUGUCCAAAGCUAUGAAUGUACAUUCAAUCAAACACAAUAGAGCGAGCGAGAGAGAGAGAGAGAGAGAGAGAAACGGUCUGAUUGGCUCCCCCCCCCCAUCAUAUUGAUGAUGAGCAAUUGGAGCGUUGCCAUCUGCCCCAGCGCUCGAGCACUCGGGCAGGCGCGCGCACACGCUCCGCCGGUGGAGCGCUUCCCGGCGUCAGCAUGAGCGCGGUGUGCAGCGGCUACCUCGGCGCCGACGACGUGGCGGUGGACGCCUUCGCCUGCCCCAGGCCGGCCAACGCCGCCGCUCGCUUCUGCUGCGGCUUUAACGACUUGAAGUAUUGCUGCGACGACCCCGACAGCUUUUAUGCCUACGACUACGCUUACAUGUGGUGGCUCAGUAUUCUGGCCCUUGUAGGCUUGUCUUUCGCAGCGGUGAUCCUUCUGGCCUUCCUGGUUACAGUCUGCGUUCUGGGCUACCUCUUUAUCGCCACCAAACCCAGUCGCCGUGACAACAACGUAGCCUUACGAGCACCAGGGGAAGGAUCCGGCCCGGCGGGAGAGGAACGCGCCUCCGGUCCGCAGGGGUUCCGAAAGUACUUCACGAACAGGAAGUUGCAAUCUGACAAGCAGCCCGCGGACCCGGAGCGCCUUUUCCAGAGUGCCGGUCAAAAUGCAAGCAGUGUGCGUACGAGGCAAGCAAAAGAGUUUCCUCGUGCAGGCUCCGCACUGGCAUCGGUGGCAGUUUGAGGAAUCGCCCGCGUUCACGUUUCCAUUUCGCUUGUUCAGAAUCCUUCAGUUUGUCGGUUGUGUUUGUGCGACGUCGUGAUCGUUCCAAUGCCGCAUUUUGCCGCCGCGAUCCGCCUUUCAUCUAAUUUCUUUCUCUACGCUUAGCGCAGCGUUCACCUCUGUUUUUACACUCACCACGCCAUCUCCAGGUUGUAGCUUUUGACGAUCCAGCUCGAAUUCUUUCGUGUUUUGCGAGCGCCAAACAAGGCGAUUUCUUACGUCCACGUAGCCAUGAAUCGGGUGCCUUCGGCGCCGGGAUCCCGACCCGCUGCCGUCGCUCAAUGCCGCCUUUCCCGCCACACUCGUUGAAUUCAACCACGAGAAGGCAGAUGGCGCAUAAAGCCAAAUCAUCAAAGGCGCUCUCAUUGUCCAAAGAAAUCUGCUGCACGUCGUUGCGUAUUUAAAGGGCCACGGACAUACCGAGAAACAUUCCAAAGUAGCUAUUGUAAUGAAAAAGAGGUAUAACAUUAUUCACUUCAAUGUCUAUACGAAAAAAUAAAUAUGAGGGGAGAGCGCGUCAUCCAUACGCAAAGUUGCGGAAGUCUCACUGGACAUCCAAGUGGCGGCCGUAUUGCCUGCGACGUCAUCAGCAGACAUUCGUUAUUGAAAAAACGGAGUGCCACUUGCUACGGGACACGGAAGCUCUUUUCAAAGAAGGGAACAUCUCACAAUCGAGUGAAGUGGACGGGGGAAUUUUACCCCGUCGUUUCGAGCCAUAUUUA